AUGUCUUGGGCAUCCUUUCAUGUCCUUGAGGUGAUGUCUUCAUCUAAACACUUGCAAAAGCGGGUUGGCUACUUGGCUGCAGCUCAAAGCUUUCGCGCCGAGACAGAGGUAUUAAUGCUAGCAACUAAUUUACUAAAAAAAGAUAUCGUCUCGUCAUCUGUGGUGAACUUGUCAUUACCACUCGCGACACUGCCACAUAUUGUAACACCCUCACUAGCCAUGUCGCUUCUCAAUGAUCUCCUCCCUCGGCUUUCUCAUUCCAAUACGGCCGUUCGCAAGAAAUCAGUGGUUGUACUUUACCGCCUCGCAUUGGUCUACCCCGAUACCUUAAGGUUAGCUUGGCCGAAGAUCAAGGAACGUCUCAUGGACGAUAAUGAAGACAGUAGCGUCAUUUCGGCCGUUAUGAACGUCAUAUCCCCGAGGUUUUUUGAACUACUGGUGGACAGUGGUAAUAACUGGAUGGCAAUUAAAAUCAUCAAGUUGUUUGCAACUCUCACCCCUCUAGAGCCUCGCCUCGUGCGAAAGUUACUUCGGCCUUUGAUAGGCAUUAUCCAAACAACAACCGCGAUGUCUCUUCUCUACGAAUGUAUAAACGGUAUUAUCCAGGGAGGUAUUUUGAGUGAAGCUGAAGGAACACAAGAAGGGGAUGAGAUUGCAGGCUUAUGUGUGACAAAACUCAGAGGCAUGGUUGUUAUGGAUGUCGACCCUAAUUUGAGAUACGUUGCUCUUCUUGCGUUCAAUCGUAUUGUCAUUUCUCAUCCUCACCUCGUGGCAAUGCAACAAAAAGUGAUCUUGGACUGUUUGGAUGACCCGGACAUUUCCAUAAGGCUCCAGGCGCUCGACCUCGCAGUGCAAAUGGCUACCUCUGAAACGUUGCAAGAUAUUGUCAAUCGCCUCAUAAAGCAAUUACUCAACGGCCAAAAGUUGGACUAUCAAUACAACGCAGGCAUUGACGCAAUCGGAAGUGCUGGUGGUAACAAGGUCAACUGGCAGAGACUUGAUACUGCAGAUCCAAUGUAUUCGACUCAUGAAAAUCAAGCACAACUUGAUUUGCCGGCUGAUUACAAGAUCGAGGUUGUCGUUCGCAUUAUAGACAUUUGCUCUCGUGACAAUUAUUCGGAUAUUGUUGACUUCGAGUGGUAUGUUGAUGUGUUAUCGCAAUUGCUGAGACUUUUGCCCCAGUUCAUUGUGGGAAGACAUUCUUCGGGUGACGAGUUCUCGAAUUAUAGCCCAGAUACAAGUAUUUCAGUCAAGAUCGGUGCAGAACUACGGAGUGUUGCAGUACGCGUGAAAGCUGUCCGAGAGAAGGCUACUAGAACGGCAGAGUCAUUCCUUUUGUUGGUUGAUAAUCUGCAAUUGCAUAAUACCGUAUCAACUGCCUAUGUUGGAGCGCUCGGAUCUGCUGCAUGGAUAGUUGGGGAAUUCUCACAACUCUCAUCUUUACCUGAUCGUAUUCUGAACAUACUUACCAAUCCGAACAACCAAUCGCUGCCAGGGACGGUUCUUACUCUCUACCUACAAGCAGUACCUAAGGUGUUCUCGCGAUUGAUUUCUUCUGAACAUAAGUGGUCAGCCGGCAGCUACAUGCAGUAUUCCGUAAUGCUUGCGCGGCUAAUAACCUUCUUGGAGGGCCUAGGAGCUCACCCAGACUUGGAUGUACAAGAACGAGCAACUGAAUUCCUCGAACUUCUCCGUUUGGCAAAGGAAGCAUUACAACCACAACAGGCAGAUUCUCAUGAAUUGCCCUUUUUGCUUGCAGAAGUUAUUCCUAGUCUCUUUAGGGGCUUAGAACUGAAUUCUGUAGCAGCAGACGCACAAAAGAGGGUUCCUCUACCUGAAAACUUGGACCUCAAUGAGUCGAUAACCCAUACACUACCGAAAUCUGGCGAUGACGCUUAUGACUUAUGGAUCGAGGCGGAAGCGUAUAGCAGCAUCAAAGGCUUCUAUUAUAUUUCUAACGGCUCAUCGGCCAUUCAGCAAGACUUUGGUCUAGACAUGCAGGUCGAGGCCAACCUGGAAAAUGCAGAUUUCGUGAUUGGAAAGACAGCCAAGAUUGCAGAACGACGUCUUGGUCGCCGGGAACGCAACAAGGAUGACCCUUUCUACAUUGGAUACAACGAAGAAUUUCCUUCACCAAUACACAACUAUCAAGACCAUGACAUGUCAAAUAACGAACAACUGGAUAUAGAUUCUAUCCCCAUUGUUGAGCUUACAAGCUUAGGUGAACCGACUAGUUCUGUUGGGGGCAAUAAAAAUGCCGAGAUGCGCACCAGGCCCGGCAGGUUUCAAAUCGCGGCAAAUGAGACACUCGAUUUCCAUGGUUCCCAGUCUACCGAGCCCAUAAAUCAGAAGGAUUCUAGCAAUAACGUCGGUCGAAGUCUUCUACAAGUCGACUCCAGCGCCAUUGAACGGUUGGCCCUGGGCGAGGGACAUCAAACGCAACUGAAUACACUUCAGCCUGUUCAGAAAGAGGAAGAUGAAAUGGCGGAGGCCAUGCGGAAAAUUGAACGGGUUCGGCUGGAAAUGCAAAGAGCGUCUGAGCGAGCAGACAUUCAGGGAUUACCUUCCGACGGUAAACUUAUUAAGAAAGCUGUGAAAAAGAAGAAGAAGAAAGUGCGCCCCGACGAGGAGUCUGGUAAGGCAACAAAAUCGUCUUGA